AUGAGUAAUCAUAUAGAUGUGGAAGAAGCUUUAAAAUAUAUAUUUAAUAAGGAAGCUAAUUCAAAUGAAAAUCAUCAAAAAUUGGCAGAUAAUAAAUUAAUUAAAAUAGUUAUGAAACUCUUAGAUGUUCAUAUUAAAUAUUUUUAUAAUAAAUAUUAUAUUCAAACAAAUGAUAACUCAAUUUAUUGUUUUUCAGAUAAUGAAACUAAUUGUUUUCAAACAUUAAAUCAGUUUUUUUCAAGUAUUCCUAACCACCCUUAUAAAAUAAAAAAUGAAACCAUAUCAAGUAUUCAAAGUAAGAAAUCUGCAGUUUAUGUUAUAUAUUGUAUAAUUAAAGAGCCAAAUUAUUCAGAUCACAGAAAUUCAAUAGAAGAAUUACAAAAGAAUUUUAAGACGUUGGUAAUAUUAUUAUUGGUAUCAAACUCAAGUCAGUCACUGUCAAAAUUAGAAGGAUUCCACGGUAAUGUUAUCAAUUUACAAGUGAACCUUGAUGAAAUUGUAAAUAAUAACUUCAACCAAGAAUCAUUAAAUGAAUUAAAAAAGAUUAUCAAAUAA